UGGCCCAGACCCGGCUCCCGUCUCACCCGCAUGGCGGCUGCGACUCGCGGCUGCCGGCCCUGGGGCUCGCUCCUCGGGUUGCUGGGGCUGGUCUCGGCCGCGGCCGCCGCCUGGGACCUGACUUCGCUGCGUUGCCACCUCGGCACCUUCUGCGAAUGUGACUUCCAGCCCGACUUUCAGGGUCUGGAGUGUGACCUGGCCCAGCACCUGGCCGGCCAGCACUUGGCCAAGGCAUUGGUGGUGAAGGCACUGAAGGCCUUUGUGCAGGACCCAGCCCCCACCAAGCCACUGGUCCUCUCCCUACAUGGCUGGACAGGCACUGGCAAGUCCUACGUUAGCUCCCUUCUGGCGCACUAUCUCUUCCGGGGUGGCCUCCGCAACCCCCAUGUUCACCACUUUUCCCCCGUCAUCCACUUCCCCCACGCCAGCCACAUGGAGCGCUACAAGAAAGAUCUUAAGAGCUGGGUCCAGGGAAACCUCACAGCCUGCAGCCGCUCCCUCUUCCUCUUUGACGAGAUGGACAAGCUGGCCCCAGGCCUGAUGGAGGUCCUGGUACCUUUCCUGGGCUCCUCCUGGGUUGUGUUUGGGACCAACUAUCGCAAAGCCAUCUUCAUCUUCAUCAGCAACACCGGCGGCGAGCAGAUCAACCAGGUGGCCCUGGAGGCGUGGCGUGGCCGCCGGGAACGGGAGGAGAUCCGCCUGCAGGAGCUGGAGCCUGUCAUCUCCCAGGCUGUGCUGGACAACCCGCACCAUGGCUUCUGGCGCUCAGGCAUCAUGGAAGAGCAUCUCCUAGACGUGCUGGUGCCCUUUCUACCACUUCAGCGGCACCACGUGCAGCACUGCGUGCUCAACGAGCUGGCCCAGCUGGGCCUGGAGCCGAGGGAGGAGGUCCUCCAGGCUGUGCUGGAUAGCACCACCUUCUUCCCUGAGGAAGAACAGCUCUUUUCCUCCAACGGAUGCAAGACUGUGGCCUCCAGAAUUGCUUUUGUCCUCUGACUCUCCAGAUGGCGUCCUUGCCCUCUUCUCCCUGACCAGGCUGUGCAGGAAAGCCCUGGGGCCCCUGCAGUAGGACCCCUUUUCCUGAGCCUCCUGGAGAGCGAGACCCAGAGCCCAAAGUGAAGAUGAGGAGGCAUGCUGGCUAGAGCAUGGGACAGAGGGCCCUGGCCUCUUAACUGGUCUGAGGGCCUCUUGACCUUUGCUUCCUUCCCUGGAGAAACCACUGGUGACCCCAGAACUUCAAUGAGCCUUGCCCUUGCCCUCCAGCCUAAGCCUUCUUAAAAUGUGAAUUGUAACUCAGGGACUGUGGCUCAUGGCUGCUCUCUCCCUCUUCGGUCGGUUACUCUUGGCCCCUUGCUCUGGCACUGUACUCUGAAGCCUCCAUCCCACACCCCAUGUCCCGUACUGUAAAGCUGGGCUGAGACUUCAGUCUUCAUGAACAGAGGGACUCAAGCUGCCACUUGGGCCUGGUUUUUAAAGUUUUUAAUUUUAUAAGAGAACAAAUACAAUAAACUUAGCCAUGGGACCAGAAGAA